AUGACCGUGAUCGACAUCCUCACCCGGGUGGACGCGAUCUGCCAGAAGUACGACAAGUACGACGUCGACAAGCUCAACGGUGCCAACGUCGCCGGCGACGACCCCUUCGCCCGCCUCUACGCGUCCGUCGACUCGGACAUCAACCAAUGCGUCGAGAAAGCGGAAACGGCAAAGCAAGAGAAGAACCGGGCCGCGGUGGUGGCGCUUAACGCUGAGAUCCGACGCACCAAGGCUAAGCUCCUCGAGGAGGACCUGCCCAAGCUGCAGCGCCUCGCCGUGAAGAAGGUGAAAGGGCUCACCAGAGAAGAAAUUGCGACCCGUAGUGAUCUGGUUGCCGCCUUACCUGACAGAAUACAAUCAAUCCCAGAUGGUAGUUCUACUGCCACAAAGAAAAAUGGAACUUGGGGAGCCUCAGGAUCUCGCACUGGAGGAGCCAUAAAGUUUGACUCUACUGCUGAUGGGAACUUUGAUGAUGAGUACUUUAAGGGGACAGAAGAAUCUAAUCAGUUCCGUCAGGAAUAUGAGAUGCGCAGAAUGAAACAGGAUGAAGGUUUGGACGUUAUUGGUGAAGGACUGGAGACUUUGAAAAAUAUGGCAUCUGAUAUGAACGAGGAAUUGGACAGACAAGUCCCUCUGAUGGACGAAAUGGAUGACAAGGUGGAUAGAGCCAAUGCAGAUUUGAAGAAUACCAACGUGAGACUGAAGGAGACUGUUCUUCAGCUUAGAUCAAGUCGCAACUUUUGCAUCGACAUCAUCCUUCUCUGUGUCAUUCUUGGUAUUGCGGCCUACCUUUACAAUGUUCUAAAAAAGUGA